GUUGACUCGCGGUGCGUCAGAAUCACCGCAUCGGGCAUCAUCUUUACUUAUUUGGGGUUUCCUUUAUCUGAUCUUCUCCUCCGAAUAUCUUGUCUCUCUGUAUUCUGUUUUCUCUUCAUAAUUUCUCUCCAUAUCAUCAUCUCAUCUCAUAUUCUUCUCCUACUGUUUCCGGUGCUCACUUGACCGAUAACGUCAGUCACGCGGGGACGAUAAGAGAUAAAAACAAUCGCGAUCUCCAUCAGCCUCACUUUCAACUUUUUUCAAUCCCUCGACUUUGGCAUCCUCACCACUUUAUCUUCUAGUAUAUACCUCUAAUAACUAUUUCCCAUGGCCCUCCGUCUACCAACGCAAGCUCCUCCCCGUCGCACCACCUCAUAUCCCCACUCUCAACCGUCUCUGGCGGCGCUGAGUCCCUCUGCGCCCGCUCAACUGCCCGAUGACAACAACGAGGAAUCUACACAAUGGGUGGUCUUCUCGCCUUCUCAGCCGUCUACGAUUGCUCCAACACGCACGGCCUCGACAGAGCGGGCAACGGGAAUUUCGCGUCUGAGUGAUUUUGAGUCGUUUGGUGGGACCCAGACGCGGUCCGUGUUUGAAUUAGGCGAGGACGAUGACGACGAGGAGGAAGAGGCAGAAGAACAAGAACAAGAAGAAGAACCAGAUAAUAAUAAUAUCGAUGAACAAGACGAUGAUGGUACAGAGCUGGACAGUUUAGAUGAUGGUCUCCAUGCCUUUCGCGCACCAUCGCUGGCCGAUGAUGAACCGCCCACCGCGGCACAGUGGGACCAAGACCGACAAGGGACGCCAGCGGUACUCCCCACACACGACGGGCUAGGAAGUUUCCAAGCAUCCAGCCAGACUGUCCAGGAUCAGCUCUGGCAGCAUGAACAGUUUAAUCCGCAACGGAGACCCGAGCUGCGGCUGCGACGGCGUUCCAGCGUACAACGGUAUUUGGAUAUGGUCGCGGAGCAGGAGCAGAUGACCAACGCGGAGCGGGAGCGGUGGCAGCGUAUUGAGAAGUGGAGAAUGGAGCAGAGUCGGUUGUUGUUGCAGGAGGUUGAGCGGGAGACUCGUCGGCGCAGGCGUCGACGGAGUAGUCGUGCUAGUCGGACGAGUGAGCAGACUACGUCUACUCAGCAGCAGAGUCAACAUCGCGCGGUGCCUUCUGAAUCGAUGAAGAAUGUUCCGGAGACGGCUAGCGGGCGGCCAUCGUCGCAGGCUUCCUCGUCUGGUUCGACGGAAUCAGGAUCUGAUGAAUCGUUGUGGAAACGAAUCACUCGAAAGGUCAUUCGUGAUCUGAUGGGGAUUGAUGACAAUGUGUUGUCAGUCCUCUUUGGAGAGUCGCUGCCAGAUGAUCCUUUGAAUCAAGAACUCGCGAAUGCUACGGAGCUGGACUCCUACGGUCUUGACGACCAAAAUCGCUGGCAACCCAAGCUGCUUCAACGCAUUGCUCGUGAACUCGGAGUUCUUGUCCACCAACUCUGCGAACAACCCGGGGCCUUCAGCACCUACCUCAGCAUGUCCAACCAGAUUGGGAAUGAGUAUGCCGGCAUGCCUCUCGAACGUCGGACAGAGGAAGAUGCACAGACUCGGCCAUCACGGACGAGAGCGCCUUCUACUUCACUUGAAACAUCGAAUAACGGUGGAUCUAUGCCAUCACCACACUUCUCCCCUACUCUUCCCGAACCCAGCGGACGGGAACAUGCUGCGCAAUGGGGGAUUGAAGAAGAUGACGAUCGCAUGGCUGGCACAUCCGAAUCCGUCCUCCAACAAGAAAAGGACUACUGGGAGAGCGAUCUAGACGUCAUGAUGGUCUUCCGAUAUCUACGCAACCGCUUCGGCCGGAGCGGGAAUACCACGAACAAUGGCAGCAGCAACAGCAGCUCUGCAACCACUACUGCUCCUGCGUCGACAACCGCCAGUCGCAUUUCUUCCCACCGCCAGACGCAAUCCCAAGAUGCUUCACGACGCGCAGCAAUGAUCCGCCAACACCACCCCCUCGUUGCGCAUGCCCAUUCCCGUUCUGAGGCACAAACACGCCGUCAAUCUCAACAUUCGGCUGUCCACUCAGGCACGGGAACUGGCAUCUCCUCCCCAAUCCUCCGUCAAAACUUCCGCCAUCGUCCUAGUUCCAGCUGUGCCAGUCACAGCGCAAAGCUGUCAAAUAUCUCCAGUCGACGGACGAUGACUGGUUCUAGUCGGAAUUACUGGGAUAUCGGCGGGAGUGUUGACAGUGGGAGUGCUAUUGCGCCUGUUGGGGGUGCGAUGGGGGCUUGGGGGGAUGUCUGAUAUCCAACAAAAACAUAUUGCAUUUUGAUGUUGUUUAUAUACGAUUUUGGAGUUUUUUUUUUUUUUUUUUUUG